AUGAAUAUAAUUUAAUCGACUGUUGAUGAAAACAUAAAGAAUGAAAUUAUUGAAUUUUACUACAAUAGCAAAACAUAAUUUUAGAAAAGCACUUUAGAAUAUUUGAAAAGUAGAUUAACUAGAUAUGGGAAAGGAAUUUUGAUAUAUAUUAGUGAUAAUCCAAUAUUGUAAUCAGCAAGUACAGAUUAAUUGGUGUUAUACUUUAAAUCGAAAAAAGAGUUUGUGUAUAUUUGUUUAAUAAAACAACUUUUAAAAGAACCAUAAAAAGAUGGUAAAAAUAUUCAAUGUUCAUUAAGAGGAUAGGAGUAUAAAUUGAAUUAUUAUUAGUAUUGA